AUGCCUUCCGACACGAGUAUUCAAGCUGCUUUCUCGCUCAUCAAGAACGACCAGUCCAAGAUCCUGAGCCUGACAGUGGGAUCUCACCAGAACGUCCAGCCGGGACAGUACAUUCCUCGCGCCGACGCUCAAUCGCCCCCGGAGCUCUCUUUUACCGGAGCUUCGCCCUCCAAGACCUAUCUGGUCGUGGGUCUUGACUUGGACGCUCCUUUCCCGUCAUUUAGAGUCCUCGGACCCAUUCUGCACUGGAUACAGCCGGGUGUCAAGGCAUCCGAGUCCUCGGCGCUCGGUACCAGUGGCCCCUUCAUUGCGAACUACAUCGGCCCGGCUCCACCGCCAGGUAGCUCGCCCCACCGGUAUAUGUUCUUCCUGUAUGAGGAACCGGCCGACUUUGAUGCCAAUAAGUAUGCUCCGGCUGAUGGCAAGAACCUGAGCAUACGGAACCGUACGCGGUAUGAUCUCGAUGCCUGGACAAAGGAGAUUGGUCUAGGGCCUGUGGUGGCUUUCAACUACUUUAAGAGUAACUAG